GAAACAGGAGCUAAUGGCCUAGCAGUCGCCUUUUCCAGGUCAACAGCUGAAGAAUAUCUUGGUUUUUAAACCGAAUGAAAACUGCUGUUGGUUUUUUAUCUGUGUUACUCUUUUCUGUCUUCAAGACUCACUUGAAAAAAAAAGGCUGGAAAACGCUUGAUCUAACUAUAUUAUUGUAAUUGUAAUUUGGUUUCUGUGUCACAUCAUAGGCUUGUCUUUUUGAAAGUAGAGAAAUAGACUGCUGACAACUCGACGAGAUCUAAGGUCUAGACUGUACAGUAGCCCAACUAAAAUAAUACACACAGUGACUACAAUCACAGUUUUACUGACUUAGUAUCUUCUACAGACUUCGACCGCAGUUUUAAGUCUCAGUUCAAGUUUUUGAGCUGCUUGCCGCACAAAUAUGUCCACCUCAGCGGAUUGUAAGGUCGAAGUGUCGGCGCCUGGCAAGAUUAUUUUUCAUGGAGAACAUGCAGUUGUUUAUGGAAAGCCAGCCGUCGCAGCAAGUCUGAGCUUGAGAACUCAUCUGACCCUGAAGGCAACAGCUGACUCCAUGGUCUCGCUACAAUUCCCUGACAUAGGUGUGGACAAGAAGUAUUCAACAAAGCUUUUACAGGAUGCAUUGCAGGACCUACCAACUGCAGGUACUACAAGUGAGCCUGUGCCAGCUUCGGAUGAAGUGAUCGCCGCUUUGAAGACAUUUGCUGCCGGUGACUCUCUAGGUGCAGAGUCAAAAGAAGCCCUUGGCGUUGUAGCGUUUCUCUACUUGUACUACAGCAUCACAAAAACAAAAAGCGGUCUGCCAUCGCUGUCUGUCCAGGUGGUCUCGGAGCUGCCCGUCGGGGCAGGGCUGGGGUCGUCGGGUGCUUUUUCCGCCUCUCUGGCCGCGGCGUUUUUGCAGUUUUCAGGUGCCAUAAAUGCAGAAAAGGUGGACCAGUCAUUCGCGGAGUGGUCGGCGUCACAGAAAGAGCUGAUCAACAAAUGGGCGUUUGUCGGGGACAAGGUUAUCCACGGUCAGCCCUCGGGGGUCGACAACACCAUCAGCACCUUUGGUGGUGCCAUUAAGUUUAUGAAAAAUGAGAAGAAUCCGAUCACGCCCAUCAACAAAAUGCCCACAUUACCCAUCAUGCUAGUCAACACAACAGUUCCCAGGAGCACCAAGGCGCUAGUGGCAAAGUUCCGACAGAAAUACGACACGUACCGAGAUGUGUGUGACCCCAUCCUACAGGCCAUGGAGUCUAUUGCCAACAGGAGUCUGGACGUCUUUACUGAACUUUGCGAUAAGCCCAGUGAAGGUUGCUAUACGUCCCUCGCGGACCUGGUGGACAUGAACCAACAACUGCUGGACCUGAUGGGCAUGGGGCACCCCGCCCUCGACCAGAUUGUCUCCGUCGCCGCCAAGAACGGACUACACGCAAAGCUGACCGGCGCUGGUGGUGGUGGUUGUGCCUUCGUCCUUAUUCCUCCGAGUACCGAGGCGUCUUGUCUGGAGAAGUUGAGGUCAGAGCUGGAGAGUUUGGGUCAACAGGUGUGGAUGAACGCCACGGUGGGGGGUCACGGGGUGCGCAGACAUUUGUGAUGUUUCUCGGCCCGUGGGUGUGGGGAGGGGGUGAGGGGGGUCACGGAGUGCACAGACAUUUGUGAUGUUUCCCGGCCUGAGGGUGUGGGGAGGGGGGGGGGGGGUCACGAGCCACAGCUGAGCUCUGGGAGGAAGCCUCUAUCUGUCCCCGCGGUUUUAUGCACCCAAAAAAAUAUUAGGAAAUUGUACAAAUUGAGCCCAAACAUGUGAAAUUAUGCGAUUCUGUUCAUUUUAACACAGAAUGACAACG